AUGCUGUCUCUUACUAUUUAUGGAGUGUACUGUGCUGAGCUGAUGUUCUUUGAGUCUCCUAGUGCGAGGGAGAUACCAGAGGAGACCCAGAGUAUGACCACUAGGGUGGUGAAAGUUACCAAAGGCGAUGUCUCUGAGACCCAGAUUGUGCAGAGGCUUAAGGAGUUAGCUCCAGGUGACUUCCAGUGGGAGCUCGUUAGUCUCGAGGCCAACAUGUUUAAGGUUGAUUUCCCUUCGGUUGAGGAUUUGCAGAGACUUCUGAGUUUUGGGUUGUGCAGAGUACCUGACAUAGAAUGUAUCCUGGAGUUCCACGAGUGGAAGAAGGUUGAGCCUCAGGGCAAGCCUCUUACUCAGGCAUGGUUACGUUUUUCCGGGGCUCCCUCGAAGCCAAUGCAGGAUGCUAGGGUCGUGGCUAGUUUGGGCAUUAUGGUAGGGAAAACUGAGAGAGUGGAUAUGGCUUUUACCCGAGCUCACGGGGUAGCCCGACUGCGGGUGAGUGUUCUGGAUAUUGAGUUCGUGCCUGAUGUGGUCAAGUGGACAUAUAGGGGCCAGAUUUACAACCUCGAGAUUGAGUUUGAGGAUGCUGAUCUGUUCGCUGAGGCUAUCAAUGGGACUGAUGUAGACAUGCACGAGGGAGAUGACAGCUCGGGUGCUAAGGAGGCACUAGUCGAUGAUGCUGGACGAGAGUUGUCCAACGGAUCGGGGUCCGUUUCUCAGACGCCCGGGGAUGGGAUGGCACCACCCUCUUCGGUGCCAAUGACUUCUCUGAGAUUUGGGUCAUUUGAGCCUGCUUCUGCUCCUCCCAGACUCCAGAGUGACAUGAUGGAGUCUGACGAUGUGUUUGAGUGCACGUUACCUACCCUGGAUUUUGAGGAUGCUGAUAGUCCCUCUGCACAUUACGUGGCACAGUUAUUCUUCAUCACAAACGGCUCGCCUUCAUUACCCGGUGCGUAUUUAAAACCCGCACCCCAUCCAUUCGUGCCUUAUUUAAAAUCCGACCUCCUCCUCCUUAAACCGACGACGACGACGACGAGAGGGGCCGUUUCUUCUCCUUCCUGUUGGCGAUCAAAUCCUCGGCGUUGGGCGGAUCGGCGGCGCCGGGUCCAGAUCGGGCGGAUGCCGCCGCGGCCGGAGCCGUGCAGCUCGUCGUCGUCGCUGGGGAAGGACAGCGACGAGGGCGGCGCGCCGGCGGGGACGGAGGACGGGGAGGGGGAGGUGCAGAGCGCCUACAGCGGCGUGGGGCUCGACGGCCUCGCCGCAUUGGAGGAGUCGCUUCCCAUCCGGCGUGGCAUUUCUAAAUUCUAUAAUGGCAAGUCCAGAUCUUUCACAUUCCUCAAGGAAGCUAUCGGGCCAUCUGGUUCUGCAAAGGUCAUUGCCAAGGCAGACAAUGCUUACUCCAGGAAACGGAAAAAUCUUCUUGCAUACAGCAUCAUGUACGAUCAGUCACAGAUCACCGUUCCGGAGACCUACAAGAACGGUAUCACUAAGAGGCUUGCGGGUUUAAGCAGGUUGAGGCCCUCGGAUGGUAUGAGCUCCAACAGCAGCAGUAGCAGCAGCCUCAGCAGCGACGAAAACGAGCUGCCUCAGCAGUUCAUUUUUGUUCAGUCACCUGACAACACUGCACAAUUUGCUUCUCCGACGAUACCUGCACCUCGGCUUGGGUCUUGCGCGUCUAAGAUAUUGCCCAUGCCAAUAAGGUCGUUUUCGAUGGUGAAUCUGCAACGUUUGCACAGCCGCUGCUCAUCUGUUUGCCUGGAAAAAGAACCGGAGGCUGAUUAACAAGGAAUUCAAGAGGCAUUUCCAUCUUCUCGUGUGUUUUUUUCUGUGUUUAUCCUGGGGGCUAAUAUACCGCAUCUCUCUUUUGCUAACCUAAGGUUGCAUUGGAGUGUUUGCCUAAAUAAGAGGGAGCAGAUGAAAAAAAGAGGGAGCAUGUAUGGUGACGGUUUUGUGUGUAAAAUAGCUUGUUUGACAAUGUGUAAAUGUAAAUUGACAUAAUCUGCUAAAAUCAAAUGCAGCAAGUCAAAGGCAGAAA